AUGGCCACCGCCCUCUUUGCGCCUGAUUCUGUCUUUACGGUAAGUCGUGCACCAAAACGGACAAACGACACCGCACAUAACUUAUGUAUACCAUACGGCCGGCCCGUUCGCGUACCUGCCUCCCCCAUCUUCCGCAAGCUAAACGCAUUCCACCCCUUGCCUACCGAAAAAAAUCAACUCGUUUCACAGCAAGAGCGACCGCAAACGCCAUCUGCCCCCCAACACGUUUCGAAAAUAUACUCCUUCACAUUGCAUCUUCUCCUUUGUCGCCAACUCGUCAUCCUGAACAAUGGUGCUGGACCAUCUCGCAGACAACUUGUACAUCGUCCUGUUUGCGUAUAUCGCGGCCUUCCUGCCGUGGACAGCCUUGACCGCCUGCGACUUUUUCUCGCCGGCGUGGCGCAAGGCACACGACGUACGCAACUCAGGAUACAUCAACCUGGCCCUUACCGGUGUCCCAGCUCUUUACAUCUUAUUUUACAUAGCGAUUCAAUUUGA